AUGCUUCAAAGUAGUGGAAAACUAAGGAAAAGUGUACGUAUAGAACCUAGCACAUACCAAGCUUGGGUUGCUCCAUUUUUUAUAGAAUCAGAAAUUUCCAAUAGUAUGAAAGUGUCUUCUGAAAAGGCUAAAUGUUUAUAUAACCCUAAGAUUCUAGAUAAUGGAGAUGUUCGUAAGUAUAUUUCCGAAACACUUAGAAGUUUAAAGUAUAUACUUCGUAAUAUGGAGACUGACUUUAAUAGCUUAUCUGAAGAGUGUUUAUUAGAAUAUGUGUCUUACAGUGCUUCUCAAAGCUCUAAGCAUGAUGAUGUAUCGGUAACAAUCCCUUCUCCUGAAAAACUACUUACAAAAAGAGAUUUUCCUGACUCUAAACCAAGCAAAAAAAGAAAAUAUGAAUUUUUAAAAACUACAGACUCCUCAUUAAUGGGGACUUGUGACAAGACUAUAUUGGCCGAAGGGUAUUCAAGUGUUGGAAUCUGUGAAUCUGUAGACUUUACAAGUAUGAAAACAAUGUCCUAUGGGAAACUGAGAGAAUUAGCUUUUACUCAGCAAGUUUUACUGUCACAUAUUGAUUCAUGGAGAUUAAGCGUUGCUGAUAUUUUGUAUAGCACACUCAAAAAUAAAUGGACACUAGAAGAGGCCGUAGACUUAUUAGAGGAAGGAAAUAUGCUUCUUAACAUUGUAAACCUUCCUGAAUAUUACGAAUUAAUGGUAGUUAUUGAAAAAACUCGCCAAUUUGAUGACAAGGUGAGACAAACUUUUGGUCUGCUUCCAAGUGAAACAUUAAAGAAUAGAUAUCACAAGAUUAGGACUUCUUUAAAACCUUCAAUUACAGAAUUAGAGAAGCUUCUGAAGGAGGCACAAAGCUGUUUGCUAGAAGGUGAAUGUAUUGGAUUUCUGCACUACCAAAUGAGUCAGCUGAAAUCCUGGAAACUUACAGUUCAAGCAGCAAUAGACGAGAAGAACUUAGACAAAUGUAAGGACUCUAUUAAAGAUAAAGACGAGAUUAGCAUCGAGGUUCCUGGAGCGGAGGACUUGGCCGAACAGAUUGCAGCGAGUAAUUGGAUUGAGAAAGUUGAAAGAGCCCUUAAUCGUCCAAUGCGCCUUAAUGUUGCUGAAAAUUUACUUAAUGAAGCUGCAGCUAGAUAUUUAGACGAGAAGAAGGUAGUUGCAAAGAAACAGCUUAUUGCUAGAGUAUGUAGAGCUAGAAGCUGGCUUGAAACUGUGUUAUCACCUCCAUUCAUAUACAACUUAGUUAAAGUAUUAAAGAGUGCCCCUGUUAAUGAUAUCUCUGAUGAUAUUAAAGUGCAAUUGACUAAAGCUCGGGAGGAAUUAGAGGCUUUUGAGAAGAUUGAGGAGGAGCAUAAGAAUAGGGAAUUUACAAACACUACAGGUAUAGAAAGCUUAAAUGAACAUUUAAGCAAACCAAAACUACCAACUCCAAGUGAAUUUGAACAAGUCUGGUUGGAGAGUUCAAGUCUCAAGAUGACAAUUCCAAUUAUGAGAUAUAUGGAACCAAUAUACCAAAGAUGGAGAAAGUGGUUGAAAAAGUAUCGUAGGGUGCUGGAUGGAGUUUGUACCUUCAUGGAAAGCCAAUUAGUGCUUGAAGAAGCUCAAUAUACUUUGUGUGAAUACUUAGAUAUGAAUGAAUAUGUUCCUAUUCUUUUGAAAAAAGUUGGUGAGACUGAGGAGUGGUUAAAAAGCAGCAGGGAAUUCCUUCAGAAAAUAACUGAUUUGCAAAUUGGAAAAGAUGUCGAACAGGUAACCUCAAAUAUUUGGAGCACUAUUGGGGCUAUAAAGAAGGGAGGUGAUUUAAGUAGAGAUGAAAUACAAGACUUAAUUGAUGAUGUUUCAACUUCCAGACUUAAGAAACCCAGUCUAGAGCAACUCAAGGUUUUGAUUGAUAGAGGACAUGACCUCACAAUCUAUGACAAUAACCUUCAAGAGCUUUAUUCUAGUUUGGAAUAUUGUGAUAAAUGGACAAAGAGAGCUAAAGAAAUCUUGCGAGGACCUAGGGAGUCUACUUUGACUACUAAUGCAAUUGCAUCACUCCUUUUGGACUGUCGUAAUAUUCAAGUCUGCUCAGAAACUGAGAUUACUCUUAUUUCUGAGUUAAAAUUCAAUGUUUGGAAAGUGGAUGUGAGAAAUUUAAGUUGUCCUGUAGAAGAUUUUAAGUUAGAGGAUCUUCAAAGAUCUCUUGAUAGUUUUCUAUUUCGCAUUGAAUUAAAUAAAUCAAACUUCUGGAUUAACAAGAAUUUGGCAAAAUCUGUCAAAAAAAAACAUAAUAGAAGGAAUAGGAAAACUGACAAUGAUAAAGAUAAUGAAAAACCUAAUAUAGAUGAAGGAAUAGAGAAUUUUGGCUUUGUAAACACUCAAAACUCCCCUAUUCAUGCAGUAGAGGAUACUGAAAUAACUGAAAAUACUUCAGCUAAGCUUAAAAAGGAGAAUUUUGAUCAAACCAAAAUUAAUAACUCGAAUAUUAAAGUAAAAUCGUUAAUAAAUAGCGAAGAGAAUUCAGUACCUUUAGAUGAGAAGCUAAAUUUUGGAGAAUACUUAGAAGCCUACAUAGAAGAGGAGGAAUUAUGUGGAGAUUCUAUCAAAGUGGAGAACACAGAAGACUUGAUUGAUUUGGGGUUCAAUCAAGUUCACAUUUCAGAACUUACUACAAGGGAUUGGUCUGAAAUUAGUCGUUUGGAUGAGUUGCAAUUUUUUUACAAACUUCGGGAUAUUGCAGCUUACUGGGAAAGUGAAGCUCUGAAAUUAGCGAAUACUGAACAUAAAGUUCCAGUUAAUAAAUGGCAAGAUUUAUUGAAAAAUUUAGAAAAUAGACCUGUUAGAAUGUAUAAAAUUGAGGCAAAAAUAUGUGAAUACUUGAAAGAGCAAGAGAAGGUCAGAAAUUUACUGGUAUAUGGCGAUCCAGAAUUUAAUGAAGCAAUGCAGUUACCUCAUCCACAGUCGCUCUUUUACUCUUUUGAAAAAUUAGUCAAGAUAAAAGAAAAUAUAGAUAAACUACCUAUAGUUAUAGAUGAAUGGGAUAAAUGGCUCAUACAUCUUGAAAAAUUGCAAGAAAUUGACAAAUCAAGUAUUUUGAAGUUCCCCUAUUUGGAGUUAUAUAAAUAUAAAGUAGAUGAUAAUUCAUCAGAAAUCUCAGGGCCUGUCACAAGUCUGCCAGAAUUUACCAAAAAUAUUGAUGAGGAUUUUCAUUCGAGGCAAUUUUGCUCACUAGUCGAAGUUAAGAAACACUUAGAAGAUCUUGAAUUUGACAUAUCAUGGGGUUUUUUGAAUAUUGAAUACCCAGAAAAGUUAUUGCGUUCACUUCCAGCCACAAGAUAUCUUAUCUAUGAUAUGAACCUUACUUUGGAUUGGAUAGAAGUUGUUACAAAUCCAGACACUUGUAAAUCCUUGGAUGAAUGGAAGGAAUUAUUGAAUAAAGGUAAAAAUUUGAGAAUUAUGGAUGAGCUUGUGAUGAAUAAAUUUGAAAGUCAAUUACUAGAAUCUGAGAAGUGGCUUGAGUUGUACAAUAUGCUACUACAUACAAAAUCUUCUCAAGCUAGAAAUGGGACAUCCUUAAGAUCAAGACGACAAAGAGUAUCAAAUGUAACUAGUAAAGUACCUGUGAAAUUCUCCCUUACCAAUGCAAAGAAGCUAGUGAAAACUUCUUAUGGACUAGGAGAGAAAUUGCUCCAAUUUAGAAAUCUCAAAUCAGAUGUCAAAUUAGCUACAAAUUUAAAAAGUGAAAGUAUUAAAUUGUUGAUUGAUAGCUAUCAGGAACGUAGAACUAAUAAAUUUUCAGCAAUAUACAAGAAACACUUGAAAAUUAGAAAUAAAAAGGAUUUGGAAAAUACUAGUAAAGAUCAUCAUUUGUCUCAAAAGGAAAACUUAUAUAAUGAAGUGCUUGAGUUGGCUCGUUUGACAAAACGUAUGACUUGUACCUUGGCUGACUGUUCAUCACAAUUUAUAUUGAUAGAUACUAUGAGCUAUCUCCAAGAUGAGUUGUUAUUGCGAGAAAUAAAUCACAAAAUGUUAAGUCUUCUUUUGAUAGAUGAAUAUCCCUACUUUAAAUCUAAUAAUAUCAACCAAGUUAAGUAUGAACCACCUGAAGUAGUAGCAGGCUUAAACUUGACUGGUCGUCGUAGUGGUCUUCCUAUUUCUUCUCUCUCUGAUGCUGUUGAUCUUCUGAGCCGUAUUGAUAAACAAAACUUGUUAGUAUUAUCAUGUUCGGAUACACACUCUGAUGAAACUGAUGAAAUAACAUCUGCUGAAGACUCUUCAACUCAAUGCGUGGAUAUGUCAGAUGGUGAUCUAGCAACACUAGAAGAACUAAAGGAAUCCUUUAAUGAGCAUUCUAGUUCUGAAGUGUCUGACUUGUCACAUGAAACCUUAUCAUUAAUAUAUCAAAAAGAGUCAUCAUAUGUUGACAGCUUUCUUGCACGCUCACUACAAGAAUCUGUUAAUAAAGCAAAGAGAUGGCUAGAAUUAUACAAGAGCUUCAACUUUGUGAGAAUAGCAUUGUCGGAUAAUCGCACUAUAAAACUUGGCCAAAUGUCAGUUGCAAGAAAUUGUAUUCCAGAAUCCAUUGUAACGCUAUUGCCAUCUUUAUUUUCAGAAUUGUUCUCCAGUAGCAAUACCAAACUUCAGUUGAUUUGGUCAAGCUUAUUUGAGAAGUAUGAUAACUUAGUUUUUGAUGACUCUCCUCAGUUUGAUUUCCGUGAUACUAUUGAAAAAUUUAAGAAAGAUCAUAUUUCCAAGUCACAUGCCCAAGAUAUAGGAAUAGAGUACAAUGUGUCACUCUGGUUAAACCUAUCAUAUUAUAUGAAAUCAAUGGAGAGGGGAAGUCAGGUACCAGAUUUCGAUAAGGAGUUUUAUGAACUAUUUUGCAGCAAAAUAUAUUCUUCUACUAUCUCUCACGUCCAACACUUGUAUCCUGAAUUCAACUCUUGUUUAAUGAAUGAGCAAACUCAACAGCUAUCGAAUAAUUCAUCAGGAAUAACUGUUGGUACUGGAAACACACACAAACGCCAAAGGAGAAAUAAAUCAACUCAUGGAGAUGAACUAAAAGGUCAUGGAGUUUCGUUAUCCUACCAGGACAUUUUAAACCUCAAAGAAAGACAUAUUCCAACUUUGCAGGAUGCUAUAUUUCUUUUAUACUUUGCAAAGAAGACUGUUACUCUGGAAAUUCCUGAGUUAGAUAAACUGUGUGGAAUAGUUGAGAAUAUAAUAUUAUGGAAUUUCUUAAUUUAUAAAAAAUUUCCACAUCUUAGAUAUGUUAGUAACAAUGAUUUAAAUAAAGGUUUAGGAUCUAAAUUCCCAUCCUCACUAAUUUACUGUAAAAAAGAGCUUUGGGAACAUUCCCUACUUUUCAAAAUUUCAAAUUUCGACAUAGUUGAUUUUGGAAACAAGAACACUACUGAUAUUAAGAAGGAAGAAUACUUAGUAAAUAUUGAGGAGAUAAAGGAGUUUCCAGUGAAGAGUUCAAGUGAAGUUAUUGAAUCAGAUCGAGAUAGUUUAGAUAUUUCAAAUUUUGAAGAUAAUAUUCAGAAAAUGAACUCUUUUCUAAAUAUUUGGGAUACUUCUCAGCAGAGCAAUUUUUUGGCUAAUCCUGAGGGUGGUCAGACAGCUAAUUUAGAUACAUUAAUUGAAUUAAUAGAAGCUUGUGAUCACUUACCAUUCCAGAUACCCUUAAAAGCAAGGCUUGUAGGAAUUUUUUUAGAUACCCUAAGUUGGUGUUUGGAUGCGAGAGAAGCAAUUUUGUUACUUCCCAAAAAUACGCUAGUAAGACCUUGGGAGGAUAUUGUAGGUGAUUUUAGAGAGUUGAAAUAUCAAUGCCUUGAGUCUGAGCGUAUUUUUGAGUCUUCUAUUCUAUAUAUGAAUACUUCUGAUAUCUCAGACUCAGAAACUCUUGAUUUAUGGGAUAACUUUUCAAACCAAUUAACUUUGGAUAAUAUAGAAGAUGUAGAACAAACUAUCAAUAGUGAAACAAUUCAAUCCUAUGGAGAUAGUUACUUAAAUGGAAGACUUGAAGAUAACAAUAAAGAAGAAAAUCUAAUUGAUUAUUCUAAGAAGCGUUUCUCAAGACCUAGAGGAAGGCCUAAGAGACUAGCAAAUGGCAACAUGAAGAAAAUUUCGACCUUAGUACAUUCGGAUGAAGAGACAUCUACAUCUUCCCUUAGUAAAGACAAAUUUAGUUAUGAAGUAUGUGGAAGAUCUUUGGAAGAAUCUGAGAUAUUUCCAAAAUCCUUUUUCUUAUGGCUCAAAAAAAAUCCAAACACUACCUUUACAAUAGAGGACUUUAUGGCUGCAACUUUGAGACAAGAUACAGAUAAAUUGCGCUCUCAGAAUAAGUUUGGACCAACAACACUUUCAAAUUCACAUAGUAUCCGCAGGACACUGCAGGGGUGGAGAAAUGGCUACUUUUUUUCAUUAAGAAAGAAAGAUCCAGAAAUUAAUGUCAUGACCGAUAGAAAUAUAGAUUAUAGCCUAUAUAUACAACAAGUUGGAAUGCUAGACCCUAACUGUUAUCCAAAAUUCCAUGAAUAUAUGAAUAAUUCUCUAAUAGUUUAUUUUAUUAUUUGUAUGGAAUUGUACCGUAGUAUACAGCGGACACCUGCAGAUCUGUGUAGUAUUUGUGCAUCAUUCGGGGAUGAGUCACUUUCAUCUUCUUCGUCUUCAUCUUGGAUUGCAUGCGAUGAGUGCAAUCGUUGGUAUCACCAAACCUGUGUGGGAUUUAUACCCUUACUUAAACCAACAGACGGAAAUGAGGACCAGAAUUUAAGAUCUAGUCGAGAGUUUAUAGCCGAAUCUGAAGAUACUGAAAUUGAAACAGAGAAAAAUUUGACUUCUUCCAUAAAUAUUAAUAUUUCUUGGGUCUGUCCCUUGUGUAAUUUGAGAGCUAUUUCACCAAAUAAAGUGACUCCAAUAAUUGUAUUUCUUAAAAAUUCUGAAAAUCUAUUAUUGAAUCAUAACUCUAUAUAUACUUUUAAUUCAGUUUCUGCUACAGAAAGAAGAGCUAAAGAAUGGUCUGUAGAGCGUGAAGUACCAAAAUUUGAAAGAUUUCUGGAACUUUUAAAGGAAAGUUGGACAGGUUCAACUCGUCUGAUUAACUUGUAUGAACGCAAUAUGAUAUUAAAUAGAGUGACACUAUUGAUGCUAUGGAUGCGAGAUUUCUAUACAAAAACACGUUGGAGAUGUUUUAAGAAUUCCUUAUUUGAUUGGUCCCUGUUUGUUGAUAUAUUAAAUGAGAAUAAAAGGACUAAGCUUCCCUCAGAAACUGAAAAUGAACCAGACUUUGAUCUAAAACAAGUAGAAUAUGAUACUCCAGGCAAGAACGGAAUUAAAUUGGAAGAUAAGCUCUCUUUAGAAGAAUAUUUUGGAGAAUCUUGUGAAGUGGGAAGUUCUAUAGAUUUGGCAGAUAUUGAAGAUAUCAUAGAUGAGGUGCAAACUGAUAUUAGACAAACAAGAAAUCGUUCCAGAAGAGCCAGAAUAUCUAUAUCUGCAAAACAACUUUUAAAUCCAAAGAUUAGACCCAUAUCUCAAGCUCCUAAGAGAGGAUGUAAACGUAAGAUUACACUAAAAGGAUCUUCCAAAACUAAUGUGACAAUUCCAAGCUCAAAUUACAAAGUGACGAAAAGUAGCAUUAAAAUUACAACUCAAGUAGAUAUUCAGCAACUUAUAUAUGGUAAGGAAUUGAAUACGUUUAUCCCGGACGAGAAAGAUAAGGAAAUACAAAUAAAUAUGAGAAAACUUGCAAAUCCAAGAACGAUUUCCGAAUAUAGAGAUUUGGCUGUAUUGUACAUUACAGGACUUUUAAUUGGAAUUCAAGGUAUUGUUGAACUUCAGUGGAGCUUUGAAAUAUUAAGAUACCUGACAUUUCUUAUAAAUGAGUUCACUCAAUAUUCUUGUACCGUAGCAGCAAGUAGAAACAUGAAAAUACAGCAUGACAUAGCUUUGCUAAAUUCUCCAUUUGCAAAGCAGAGAUUAACUUGGGAUCACUUUUAUGAUAUAUUGAGUUAUUAUUCACCAAAAUUUCCUAUUAUUAUUCCUGAAUCUAAGAAGCUAUUGUUAAUCAUUCCUAAGCUAAAGCAGUACCGUGAAAAGUGUAAAGAUAUUGUUUUAAUUAUUCGAGGAAUUGUCAAGUAUCCCGAUAGAAUAAAUCAAAAUCCAGAAAUCUCAUCAUGCAAUUCAAAAUUGGAGGAUAGUACUUCAACUUAUACAUCACCUUCCUGUAAUGAUAAUUUAUUGGAGGAAUCAAAAUAUAACGUGUUAGGCAAGUCUCAGCUUGAAACCUUAUAUAGGAAUCUAAUUUUAAGUGGAAUUGUAAUUCCUGAAGAAAGAACUAUUAGACAAAUCCUUUUAACUUAUGCUUUAGAACCUGUCCUAAUUGCAUUUUCAAAUCAAUUAAAUGCAAUUAAAACUAAUCCCGUACAUCCUAAACCAUUGUACUCUUCCUUAUCUAUGGUUUACAAGCAGAUUCAAGAAUGGACAAAGGAGGACCUAUACCUUCUAGAGACUUAUGGAAUUAGAAUACUUCCAUUGGAAUUUUAUAAUAAAGAGGAUACAAACAACCAAACUUCAGUGUCCCUACAAAUCGAAUCUGAUCAAUUUGUUAGUAGGUUACAAAAAUUUUUGAAAUGUGCUAAGGAUAUUGAAAGUGCUAUGAAAAUAUGCGGACAUUGGAAUGAAAAGUACAAGAAUAUGCUUUCACUAUCCACAGAAGAGGAGGAAUUUGCAGAAGAACCGCUUGAUCUUUUCGGGAAUUCAAAGUGUGGAGGAAGAUGUGACUUCGAAAAGUGCGUUGAACUCCUUAAGGAUGGUUUGAAUCUUCCAUGUAUAUAUCCUCUUGUUUAUACUCUAGGUAAUAUGCUUGCUUCAAUUGAAAGUUAUGAGGAUUGGGUUGAUCAAGUUUACAUAAAUUUCUCAAAUUCAAAUAUUUCACCAACGACUAACAAUAAUGCAUCACCUAAUGCAAGUUCACCACAGACUCUAUAUCCGAAAUUUGAAAAUCAUCAAAUUAUGGUAAGUAUUAAAGAAUAUCUUAUGAAUCUUCCAAUAGAGAAAAAAGAUCUUUUAGUUAAAUUGGACAAUAUGCAAAGUAAUUUGGAUAAAUUUAUUCAACUAAUUACAAAUCAAACAUCAAUAUGGAAACAACAAGCAAAUCCUGAAAGUAUUAUUACACAACUACAAAGCAUUAAAGAUGAAGCUAUACAAAAUGUUCCCAUACUUGUUGGCAAUCUUCCUGAACUUAGAGAACUUGUAAAUAACUUGCCAGAUUUUGGAUCUCCCCAUCAUAAUUUAUUACUUCGUACACAAUUUUUAAUGGCACUACAGUGUCCUAUUGCAAAAAUUAGAAAACCUCUUAGCCCAUUUCCAACUAUCUCAGAGACAAACAUAAAUGACUCUACAUUUAAGCAGACAUCAAAGUGGUCCACUGAAACACCUCCUACACCAGAAAUAUUAGAUAAGAAUCAGCAUCAAGAUGUAAUACUAUAUAAUACUAAAAGAAGAUACAAAAAAAAUUCAGAUCGAGGAAAUGUAUUUCAUCCUCAAGGACCAUUUUUGCCUCUAACUCAACCUAUUAUGCCAUGGCAAAGUAUAAGUAAUAGUUGUAACUCUCCCACGCCAAGGCUACCUAGAAAUGACUAA